CAUUCUGAUCCGCGGAUCAGCUGGAGGCAGCAAUAACAGAGGGAAAAAACUGCAGGGGAAAAAAUAGACCAAGAGUAGGAAAAAAAUCUGCAGAUGUUAUUAUCUUGACAUCGGUGUAAAUUCAGGUUUUACACGAAGCCCUUCUUCUAAGAAGAAAGCCUUUUAUUUUGUAUUAUGGUGUUAUAACUACCUCACUAAAGGCUACCUAAAGCUAUGCUUUAAGAAUUGUUGUCGUUUCUACUGUGUGCUCGUUUACAACUUGAAUUAUUUUGCAAAGGCAGGCCUUUGCUUUGAAAACCAAGUAAAACCUAACAAAAACCUAAACCUAAAAAGAGACAUUUGCACUACGGCAGCCCCCAAGUCAACCAACGCCAUCCAGCAAAAAAGGGCUGAAAGCGAAUGAGUCUGCGAAAACAGCGUGCUCAAGUAAUAAGCGAACGCAAAUAAAUCCAUUCAAAAAGGCAGCUAGCUUUUCCUUUGGAGGAAGACGACCACUCACAGGACCGAACCCUUCUACAGCCGACCCUCACCCCUGCGGCCCUUGACCUAAGGUGAAGCGAUGUUCCAACGUCUGAGCAGCCUGUUCUUUGGGGAGGUGGAGGAGGUGGCUGCAGAGCUGAAGGUGCCCAACCCUUGUGUGACAGAGGCUUAUGAAGAGGGCUGGAUGCUGGUAAACCUGCCUGAGGAAGCUGAUUGCGUGAUGUUAGAAGGUGGAAGUGAGGUGCCAUUUAUAGCACAAUUGCUCCCUCCAAACAACCAAUUAGAUCAAUCAGACACGUCUUCAAGGACUGACUCCCCCGACCCCGUCCCUCCCCCACCUCAUAAACGUCGCAGAACACACAAACCUCGGGCACAAACCUCUGAAUCCCUGUGCUGCCCGACCGCUAGCCCGUUAGCCUCAGGUGUGGCUACACCCGUCACCUUGCCCAGACGGGCCAGACUCUCCACCCCUUUCAGCCCAUCUGUGUCCCCUGGUUCUGGGAGUGAGUGUGGGCGCAGUGUGGGUAGCAGUGGGGCUGGGUCAGAGAGAGGCUGCAUGGACGAGAGCUGGUUUGUCACCCCUCCCCCCUGUUUCACUGCAGAAGGAGCCACGGCAGAGACCAGCCCUAUGGAAGACCUUCUCAUAGAACACCCCAGCAUGUCUGUCUACGUGUCCACUGGGAACAUGUCCAUGGUCUCCAAUGGCAACCUGUCCAUGGUGGGGGAGGAGAGCAUCUCCAGCCUGGCAGGAAGUGUGAGUCGUGUUGCUGAGCCAGCAGCCGCCCCUGCCACCCGGGGCUCCAUGCCCACCAGGGUGACCCGUGGACUGGCUGCCCAGGCCGGCUCCCUGGCCAAAGUCACCCAGGUGGCCAGGGUCCAGAGGGGCAAAGCCCGCAGUGAGAGGCGUCACCUGGGCCGCAACCGCAUCCAGCGGCAGAACCGCACCAAGGAGCAGGGCCCUCGCCACGCGGCACACGCCAGAAACACCUUCCUGCACCAGCCCACCCAGCGAAAUUUCUGCCACUGAGCCUUCAUGUCUGUAGGGGCUGAUGUUUACUCUGAAUAUUAGUAUAGACACAAACCCCAACCCAGUAACACACAUAUGUACACGUUAACACAUAUACAUGUACACAUAGAGUAACACCCUCCUAAAACGAAACAUUUGAAUUGACUUAUUAUGGCUCCCAUUCUGCCAAAACUCUAUUUAAUUAAGACAUUGUAUAAAGGUAACAACAUGUUAUUUAGAUAUACUUGCUUAAUAGAAGCAUGCUACACAAUCCCAUCAAUUUAUUUCCCUAAAAUUGCUAUUUCUCCACACACUUACUGAAUUUGGUCUCAAUUUGAGCUCAUAGCCUCACAAAUAGUUUUUUCACCCUCACAUUCUUCUCAGUCUUGAAGGAACAGGCUUUUCUUGAAUCAUCCUUUUAGAGGAAGCACACAGUGACUUUUUCUGACACUGCAAGGCUCCAAGGUCCUCCAGAAAAACCUAUUUUCUAAACUAUUGUCUUUCAAGUUUAGAGUUUCUAGGUUUUGUUUCAGUUAAUCGUUGGUUUAAUUAUAUGACUUAAUAGAAAGAAUAAUACCGUGUGUCGUGUGAGGAGGAAGACAGAGCUUUGAGUCUCUAAUGAGUGGCCUGCCUUUCAGUCCAUUCUCUGUACUCUGAGAGAGAGAGAGACAGACAAAGAUAGUGGCGAGAGAGACAGACACAGAGAGAGAUGGAAAGAAAGGCAGAAAUAAAUCCUGUUCACAAAACAAGCCAGGUAAUUCUCCCGGCUCUCACUCUGUGAAGGGUGAAAGUAGGUAGACUUAGGUGAGAAGAUGAUGUGCAAAACAAACUAAAAAGGAACACAAAAAAAUUAUUUUUUACUUAAGAUAAGAUGCUGGGUAGAAAUAGUGUCUAGAUAGGUGUAGUAGCUCUCUGUGCAGCCUAAAGUCAGGUUUUACAGUUUGCAAAUGGUUUCCAUUUCAGCAUUGCCCUCCAUAAUGAAGAGCUGUGUUGUGGUCUUAUCUCAUUUGCCAAGAACACAAGUCGUUGGCAAACACCGACAUACACUGGCACUGUCGGUGUAGAGCAGCACAUAAUCACCUUAAUUAAGGACGUGCCGCCAAGGGAAACAUCAUUGUGGUCUUUAGAAACGGCUGUACUUGUUGCAUAAAAGUACAGUUUGCCCUAGACACAACAACAGCAUUCUUAUAGCAUUCUUAGGCUAAUGACUUCCCUGUAAUUAAACUGCCUGUUUGGUAUGGGUUACAUUUGUAGAUUGUGAAAAAAAAAUAUAUUGUGUAUAUGAACUUUCUGAACUCAUUUAAAGGGACCAUGGCUUGCCUGCAGGUUGCAGGGGUAUGACAUGUAAAAGUAGAUGCAGGGUGGUAUAGAUUGACACUCUUUGUUUUGUUUUGUUCCGUUUUCUUCCGUCAUUGUUCCUUCUGAAAACACAGACUAUUUUUGCUUCCUGCCGCCAUUUGAAAAAGCCUGUUCCUUAAAGUCGUGGGGAAGGACGAUGAGUAGCCAACAAUCUUAACAAAACAGUCCCUGUGAAAUACACACGGCACAUCACGAACCCCUCAACGAGAUGAGAAGAAACAUGUGCCCAGCACACAGUCAUUAUUUGGAUGAUAAGAUCUGUGUUCUGUGACUAAAUCAUUAACCAUCGCGCUGACACCCAUAGAGACACGGAAGACAGUUCAAAUGAAGGUGUCUCAGUCGAAUCCUUUAUCAUCAACUGAUAAAAGGGCAAUAAUGGAGACACUGAAGGGCUCUUGGUCACACACACACACACACAGCCCCGCACACACACACACACAGUCGAAAACACACACACAGGCACGCACACACACACACACACACACACAGAGGCACACACACAGUCACACACAUUUCUGGUCCUGCUUUUAAAGUAUUUAAAGGACUUGCUAAAGGACAAAGAACAAUCUGUCCUUGCCUGGUUUGUUCUACCCUGUACUUGCCUACUGUUCCUCUCUACCCUGUCAAUCUCUCUUUCUAGCACUCUCUCUAUUGUAGUUCUUUCUCUCCCUCUCUCUCCUCUCUCUCUGUUCCCCUCUCUCUUUCUCCCCUCUCUCUCUCCCCCUCACUCAAUCUGUCUCUUUUCCCCCUCUCUUUAUGUCUCUCUCUCUCGCCUCUCUUUCACAUCCAGCCCUAACAGUGUCCUCCAGAGAUCCAGCUCACUGACACAUAUUCAACUAUUAUAGUAACUAUGGUGCUGAAGUGUAUAUGAAUAUAUACUAAAGUUUGUAAAUUAUUUGAGACAUGGAUGUAAGUUUGCACUGUCAUACAUUUGCGUGAGUCUAAGUUUUAGCUGUGUGCCGUGCAAUGUUGAUAUUUUUUCAUUUGGGAUGUUUGACGUUUUUUUUCCUUUCAAUCGUUAUAGAAAGUCUGUGUGUGAGAGGUUGUGUGUUGACACAUAAAAGCUAAAAAAAAAAAGUAACAUAUGAAUAAUGGUCAAAUAUCUUUCUUGUAAAUAUUAGAUCGCAGUUUGUGGUGCUUCAUGCCAUUUCAUGUAAGAGCAUUGUCAGCCUAAUCGAUAAGAAUCCUUUCUCUGCCUCACCUCACCUUUCAAUAGAAAACCAACGGGGUCUCUUAAUAGUCUGAAAGUUACCCUUUACCCAGCUCCUGUCCUUGAUUGAAACUGAGAUGCACCCUGUUUCUCAUGCACGGUUGGACCCUCGUUAGGUUUGGUAUGUUUGGGCCGAUGCUGCCCUCUAGAGGCAUAACGUGUGGAAUACAGGAUAGGGGGGGCGCACGUCAGUAGUUUUGAGGAUGUACGAACAGUGGAACGACGUGUCGAUGUGUUCGGGAGAUGGGUACAGUUGAAAGGUGGAAGUCCUGUGUUUUAAUCAUUUCCGUCAUAUAAUAUACUGAAUUAUUGUUUGUUCUUUAAGCUGAUUGUUUUCUCACCCCUCAAGUGACAAAUCACAGAUUUUGCAGUUCUGCCAACUCACUUGUAAAUGAUUUUUGUUUUAUUCAGAAUCUAUCAAUCUCAACAUAUAAAGGUAUGAUUAUUCAUAUUUUUCCUUUCUGUUGCUGUUUUAAGAUGGCUAAAGGAAUAUGUCAAUCUUCUUAAUUACAGCACACUUAGCACACAGGCACAGGCACACACACACACACACAUACACAGUACAUACACAAACAUAAAGACACAUACAAACACAGUGGUCUCCAUGCAUCCUUACUUUUGGGAAUAAGGUAAACCAGUGGUGCCUCUGAGGUCUUCUGUCGGAAAGAGGCGUAAACGAGAGACCACAGGGGUGUGUGUUUGUGUGUGAGCUUACAUUGUGUGUUUGUGUGCGAGAUUAAGUUGUGUGUUUGUGAGAACACACGUGCGCUUGAACACCCGCCUCACAGAUCCACCACUACAAGCCUGUUUGCAUAUUUAUCAUUUUUUCUCUCUGUCACACCUCUCGCCCAAAUGUUAUCUCUGCAGUUUUGUGUAGUAAGUGUGCAGUGGGUGAUUCAUGAAAGGUGUGGAUCAAGGAUGGCAACCAUCCAGAGGAUGAGGGCAGGGCCCCUUGGUUUAUGUGCGUGUCAUGAGAGGUGUUAGUCCGGGAGGGGGGUGGAGGAGGAAGCAGAUUCGAUUAAGUCGGAAAUUAAAUGUAUCAACAACAAAAACUAGAGAAUAUAUGCUUGUAUUUUCCUAUAUAGUUACUACAACAGUCACACACCUUGCAUCAUGUUUUAAAAAGGAAGGUGGUUUCUUGUCUGAGAAGCAUUUUUUCUACACUGCUUUGUGCUCUGAAAUGAUGGCAGCUACAAAACACAAUGGGGUCCCCUCCAUAUAACAUCUGAAUGAGUAGCACACUUCCCUUAUUAAAAAAAACAUACAGACAUAUAAAAA